AUGACCAUCCGACACCAAGGCCAGCAGUACAGGCCGAGGAUGGCGUUUCUGCGGAAGCUUCCACGCCGCCUCUUGGUCCAUGUUGGACUACGCGGGCCCGACUGUCCUGAGGGUGUCUACAUGCCACGCUUGCUCCAAGAAGCUUCCAGUGACUCCAGUGACCCACGUGGGGAACGCACAGGAAUGCACCUGACAUUGCACUCAUUCUUUCCCUGGAUCAGCACCCAGCCCCUACGGCCACUUGCGCGCAUCAGACUGCCCAACAGACACUAUAAAGAUAGGUUUGACUACUGUCCCCAUUUUACAGAGGCUUCAGAUUCUACUCCAGGAGUGGGGGAGGACCGUGGAGGAGGCCGCCUUGAAUGUGAGAGGGAAGGAUGCCGCAUCAGCUCUGCUGGGCCCAGGAGAGGCAGAAUGAAGACCCAGGUGAUGCGUCUUGUCUGCAGUCACACCUCAGUGAGCCAGAAUUUGAGAGCUGUAGUGCCAGGCCUGCCCGAGGGGUCAGACAGGCCAGUGAUGACCUGUGUUACAGCUGGGAAGUGCGGUCUGGUCAUCUCUGUGUGUCUACGUGUCUGUGUGUUGCGGAAGGGAUCUUCAGGAGGGAUGCACACAGAGCACAAAGAUGAUGGGGGGCCGGAGAAAGGCCACAGCAACAGCCUCUGUGGAGCGCUUUAA